UACUUUAAAUUUAAACUCUUGUUCUAAUGUUAGACAGCCUGUUGGAUCUCCGAGUUAAAAAUUGCUUCAGCUUUAGUUACUAGAGCCAGAUGCAACAUUGACCUUAAAUGGUAAAAGCUCCCAAGAGUGAAAGAGAGGCUGGCCUGCGGGGGAAAAAGAGGAAUAACUGAAGUUUUAGUGCAUUUGAGGUCAACUGCCAAGCUAUCAGUGGAGAUGGAGUUAAGCACCUUUAUCUAAGCCUUCACUAACCCAGUACUCAGCUGUGACUCAGAGAGGGCACCACCAAGGACUCGAAUGAUUUAUUUAUGAGGACUGUUCCUUAGCUAUCCGGCUAACUUGAAACAGAUAUUCUCAGCAGUGCAUGGUCCUGUUAGUCCACAUUGCAGUUCCACGUGCUUCACACUGUCCACCAUGCCAACCUUACCUGAAGACAAGGGACAAUCAAAAGAGGCACAACACAACAUUUCUCCUCCAGCCAAAGACACUACUGUUGAAGGGACAACAUGCAGUACACCUUCUAUUGUCCUUCCAGAGAAUGCUGUUGCGUCAGAUGUAGAAAUUGAUAAAAAUCUGGUUAACAGGCCUCGUAGUCCUCAUAGGAGACAUUCUAACCGUGCCACUAGGAAUCCAACAAGUUCAUUGACAUCUGUUGACAACACUGGUCAUGUGAUUGAUCUGGUACAUGAUCAACUACCAGAUGUCAAAAUAUCAGAGGAAGACAAAAGGAAGAACCUAGAAUUACUAGAAGAAGCAAAGAAAGUGAGUGAGAAGUUUCUAAUGCGCAGAGGGAGAAAGUCAAGAAGCAGCCUUGCAGAGUCACCCACAGGGUUUGAUGUAUGCACAACCACUAGUGUCGAGUCAGUAUCUCCAGGGCAGAAUAACGGAACUGUGAAAGAGGAUGACAGGCAAACUGCAGAGAAUGCUGCAAAAGGAUUAAUUGAUCGAAGGCAGAAUGAUCAAAGAAAGAUUUCUCAGGGAAGGUUGGUUCCUCGUUCUGCUGGUUUUGAAAACUCCAAACAGAAGCUUUCAGAACAAAAAGAAAACUUUGAUCCGCGUAAACAUAUGGAUACAAAAUCUUCCCCUUCAGGUAGUGAUAGUGGCAAAAUGUCUCUUAACACCUGCAUGAAUGUUUGUGAAAAUGAACUUGGAAAAUCAUUCCUCAAGAAAGCAAAAGAAAAUGAUGUUCCUUUGAGAACCCAUCCACCAGGACCAGGAAUAGGAAAUAUAGACUCAAAGCUAAAAAUUCCUGUUGCAGAAAUAAGGGACCAUAAAGUUUCAUGUAAAACAGAAUUUAAACUCUGUGGACUGCGUCCUCCUCUACUACGGGCUGUAUCAUGGGAUAGCUUGGAGCCUGGACAUAAAGAUAAAACACCUUUAAAAUUACCAUCUGAGGAAGAGAAAAGCUUUGUGGUUGGUAAUAAAUCCAGUAAUCAGUUAAAAGCAUUCAAAGACCUUCAAAUCCAAGUUCAGCCAGUUCGAAUGCAGAAACUGACAAAGCUCAGAGAGGAGCAUAUUUUGAUGAGAAACCAAAAUUUAGUUGGACUUAAACUUCCAGAACUUAGUGAAGCAGCUGAACAGGAAAAAGGCUCUUCACCUCUCCCUUCCCCCACUGAAGAGGAAGAAACAAAGAAUAGCUCUGAUGUCAUGCCCAGCAUUCCUGAUGUAUUGCUGCGAAAGCUACGGGUCCACAAACAGCUUCCAGGAAGCUCCCCUGCACUUACUGAAAAAGAAGUUGAGAAUGUAUUUGUGCAGCUUUCCUUGGCCUUUAGAAAUGAUAGUUAUACCUUGGAAUCCAGAAUUAACCAAGCAGAGAGAGAGAGGAAUCUUACUGAAGAGAACGCUGAGAAGGAACUGGAAAACUUUAAAGUAGCCAUUACGUCUUCAGCUCACUUAUGGCAUCACUAUGAACACAGAGAAGCUUACCAGAAGCUACUGGAGGAUAUUGCUGUCCUGCGGCGUUUAGCUGCGAGGCUCUCCAGUCGUGCUGAGAUGGUUGGAGCUGUUCGCCAGGAGAAGCGUAUGUCAAAGGCAACAGAAGUGAUGAUGCAAUAUGUGGAAAAUCUGAAAAGAACAUAUGAAAAGGAUCAUGCUGAACUGAUGGAGUUCAAGAAACUUGCUAAUCAGAAUUCUAGCAGAAGCUAUGGUGCAUCUGAAGAGGGAGUACCUCGUUCAUCUAGAUCCAUGUCUCUUACUGUUGGAAAGAAUAUGCCUCGGAGGAGAGUCAGUGUUGCUGUUGUUCCUAAAUUUAAUUCCUUAAACAUUCCUGGUCAGUCACCAACAGCUUCACCUGUACCUUCAAUGCCAUCCCUGUCUGAAACACCUAGUAAUGGAAGGAGCACUCUAACAUCCAAUCCUGUUCUGCCAUCACUUUUAGAAAAUGGUAAGACUAAUGGAGAGCCUGACUAUGAAACCUCUGCUUCUGUGCUGAAACAGCGUGGGCUGGAAGAAAUAAGUCCUGAAACUAAAGCCAAGAUAGAAGAGGAAGCAUAUAACAAAGGCUACCAGGAAGGCUUGAAGAAAACCAAAGAACUUCAGGAACUGAAGGAAGAAGAUGAAGAGACACCAAAGGGAAGUCAUGAUGAACACGAAGAAAGUGGAAACGAUGAUGAGAUAAAAAAUCUGAAAAGCAGAAGACUUGAAGUCAUCAUUAAUUAUUUACAUAUACUGUACCCCAAACUGUGUAAACACUGGAACGUGAUAUGGCUUGUAGUGGCUGCGGUAAUCAUUUUUGCUAUGAUGUUGGGAAUCUACCAUUCAUACAACUCCUGUGGUGAAAAAUCAGAGGGACCUGAAGGGAAAGCCAGCUGUUCUGCUGCCAGUCAGUAUUCCUGGUGGAACUCAGGAUUUCAACAACAGCAACGCACUGAAUAAUAAAGGAAUGACCGUGUGUUUAUGGUGCCUGAACAAGUAUGCAUAUAGAACUCAGUUGUUGAAGGUAGUGUCUUGUAAUCCUUGUGGUUGUUAAAUGUGAUCUGUUAGACAAGUGAGUUACUCCACACCAUCAGGUUUGGAGUAACAUACUGGCCAAAACAACAAUCUGAUGAAUAAUCCUCUCUCUCCUCUUAUUUUAAAUGACUGAUAGAAAUAAAGUAAUGAAAAAAUGAUAAGGUUGUAGCAGUAAUCAGCAACCAGCAAAACAUUGAAAAGAAUGAGUUGCACAAGACAUUGACAGAAAACUUUGAUUUGUAGUCAGUGCUUUAAUUGGUAUUUCUUGAAUUUAUUUGUGAAGUACUAAUGGCAUUGAAGUGGUUUGGGUUUUAAAAGUCCAAUUAAUUUGCUUAUUCAUAAGUUUUAAUAAUUAUUUUUAAUAAUCAUAAUUCAGUGAUUUUCUAAGAGGCAUUACCUGUAAUUAUUUAAAUUGAAUACCAGUGACAUGCAUAAAUACAUUUUAUGAUAUACCUUAAAAAUGAGAUCACUGUUUUUUAGUGGGAUACACACCAAAACCUAAAGUCAGGUCUAGGUGGCACAGCUGAUAUUGUCAAAUAAAUCUGGGAACUUUUGACAUAGCAAAGGGACAUGUGGCAUGCUUUGCAACAAAUUUGUCUAUGCCACUCAGAGUCAAAAUUGUUUACAGCAGAAAGCAGUUACUGUCUGGAAGAUUAGAUGCCAAAAUACAGCAGUUUUAAGUUUGAGUUAUCUUAAAUUCUUUAUUAAAAAAAAAAUUUAAAAAGUGUUGAAACCUCUGUAUACAGGUGAUCUCUCUAAGGGGACUCUGUCCUGCUGCUAAUACUGGAAAUAGAUAUCCUUUGAGAUCUGCUCUAGGGACAAAGUUCUGUGUACAAUCAAAAUCCUACCAGUGCCUAUGAAUCCUACCAAUGAGGACAGAAAAGCAGUGAGGAUUUUAAAGAAGUCACUGCAUGUUUUCAGAAUCUGAUGCCAAAAGUGCAACUGUUCUGGUAUGCUUUCAAAGCUAAAGUACCAGGUUGUGAUAGAUUAGCCUUUCACCCAGAUUUUGUAAUGGUUCAGCAUGUCUGGGUGUUAUGAAUUCUUAACAAUGUGAAAGCCUGAUAUUUUUAGACAAGCAGUUUCAAAGUGGUGAAGCCAUUAUCUGUUAAAAACCACACCACCCAGGGCUGAGACCAAAAUGCAUGUCACAUAAGGUAUACUGUAUGUUCCUGCUGAACAUCACACUGAUUGAAGAUGAACUAUGUUUGUCUUUCCAUGGCUAAACACUUGAAUCUAACCACACUAUCAAAAUCAGCAUGACAUUUGAUUGCACUCAUUUCUUGUAUUUUUCUGGCAUUUUCUGACUGAUUAACAGGUCUGUUUACCAGCUGACUGAUAAGUGUGUUAUGAAGUCCUGUAAUUUCAAUUCAGAUGCAGUUAUAAUUGUCUUGUUUUAUUUGGUAUAAACACUGAAUCUCAAGCUAACUAUCAAAGAUGACAAGUUUCUAACUCAGUCAAAAAUUUAACUCGCGUGUCUGGCACUAGUAACAAAUGCUGGUGAAUUGUGUUUGUUGUAUCUUUAGCCCCAUUUUUCUUAAGAAGUAUUUAUAUGGAGAAAGAAAAGAAAAUCUGCUAUUUUGUACUAGCACUUUUUUUUUUGGGUGGGGGAGGGAUAUAAGCAGUUGGGUGGCUUGGUUUUGUUUUAAAGUAUAUAUUGUUGAGUAAUAGUGUGCUUAAGGAAGUUCAGAAAGGAUAAUGGGAAAGUGUCAUUUGGUCUAAAAUUGUAAUUGGUAAAGAAUAAGAAGGUUUCUUGCAAAUUAAUUGGCAUCUGUUUGGUUCAGUUAGAAUAUCUGACUAUGAAGAACUACUGUGACAUUUCAUAUACUUUCAAUAUUUGAAGAAACUUGUCAGUUGCUCUUUGAUUAAUUCUUUAUUAAAAUCAGCUUUAACUUAAUAUUAUUUACAAACAGCACUGAUAACUUAGGGCAAUAAAAAAUGAAGCUAAAUAGUCCUGAAGAUUCAGAACUCUCUACACCAAAAAUUUUGGUACGUAUUUGAUGAUAUGAUUGUGGAAAUGUUGGGCUGCACUGAGGAAAAAUAAUUAACAAUGCCUAUGAUAGAAUGAAUUCACUCUUAUUUACAUCUGCACUGAUGUGGGUCCAACACCUUAUUUUUACAUACAUAUAGAGAGUUAUUGAUAUCACUAGAUUCUUGAACUGCUUCAAUAUUAAGAAUGUACUAAGUGUUUUUUUGGUCAGUUGAUGACUGGGGGCUCCAUCCUCUUCAGAAUUCAGCACAGUGGCUUUUUGUGAACUUAGUGCACAGGGGCACAUUCUUGUAAGUAGUUGUACUGAUCUGAACUGAACUACUUGUAUGUCUAAGUAUAGUCAACCCAUAAAGUUAUUAACUGUAGUGGGGAAUGGACUUAAAGAGACAAGAUAUUUUAACAGGGAUGAAAAGAUGAAGAUAAAGUUUAUUUCUAAAAAAAUUGUUGUUCUUUUUUAACCACUUUGAGCAAACUGUUCACUAGAAAUAACGGACCACAAUGACUAAUAGCACAUGAAAUAUUUUUGCUUAUGUUUUUCAGUUAGUUAAUGAAGACACCUUUUUUAAUAGGAAGCUAGAUUGAGCUCAAAAAACUAUUCUAAAGGUAAUUUUAUAUGUUGGAUAUUAGUUUGCUUUAUCUGGAAAAAAAAAACCCAACAAUCUCUGUUCAAGUAUCACAUCAGAUAACAACAUCAGAAAUAGAUCUAUUAUUUAUGCUAUGGACACUGAAAUAGCUUUCUUGAGGUGCAAUAUUUAUUUUUCUGCUUUAACAAGACACGUUAUUGUUUCUCUUGCACAGCACAGAUGUUUGUAGUAAAAGGAAUUUUAAAAGGGCACUAUUUUUUUGUGUAUCAGAUUUAAAUAUGUAAUAUUGUAAGAUUUUGCACAAGUGUGCUGGUAUUGUACUGUAUAGUAUCACAUACUUGAGUUUUGAAAUAAAAGUUUCAAAAGUCCU